AUGCUAGGUCGCAUGGGUAUGUCGACUGAGGAAGCCAUCAACGCAUACGAAAGUUUUGCAAAGGACGUUUUUCGAAAGAAGAACCGCAGGCGGUGGUGGAAUAGAACUUACAAAGAGGAAACACUCGUCAAGAUCAUACAAGACAACGUAACCAAGAAGAAGCUCGCAAAGACCACGAUGCUCGACGACACGAGGGAAAAGGGGCUUGCUUUUGUCUGCUCAGCCACAUAUGACGCCUACGAAGCCUACCUUUUCCGAACGUACAAAGGGAGCAGCAACUGCGCUCACAAUGUGGAAAUUUGGGAGGCGGCAAGGGCAACAUCAGCGGCACCGACAUUCUUCCACCCAAUCUCCAUCGAAGUCGAGUCGGAGAGGGACCAGUACGUCGACGGUGCUGUGACCUACAACAACCCGGCUCGCCUUGUGUUGAGUGAGGCCGAGUCCUACUUCGGUCCGAGGAGGACGUUGGGCUUUCUUCUCAGCUUGGGCACCGGACUGAAAGUCUCCGAUAAAAAAAUCAAUGUGGUUCCUCAAGGACAGCUUGUAGAUCGCCCAGUCGUGGCCAGGCAAGGCAGCGGCGCCCUCUUCUCAAGAGGCACGAUAAAGAUUCUCAAGCAUGCCAAAGCAUCGCUGACUGAUUCCGAGCCUGAGCACCAAGCCCUAGAGCAACGGUUCCAGAAAACAAACUACGCAUAUUGGCGGUUGAAUUUGGACCGGGGUGCUGCAGAUAUCAAGCUGAAUGAAUAUAAGAAAAUGGGAUUGUUGCGGGCGGCAACGGAGAAGUACUUACAAGACAUUGAAGUCUCGACCAACAUCGACAAGAUCGUCAGUAUGUUGCACAAGAAGGAGGGCGUCAACCUAUCUCUUGAUGCCGCAUGUCAUGCAGUAUCUGACGCAGCCUCGAAGCAAGCCCUUCAGCAAGAGGUUCAGAUCAACAGUAUUGCAAGCCCGCAAUUCACUGGCAGAUUAGACAUACUCAACAAGAUGGAACGACACUUUUACAAACGCCCAUCCGGAUCUUCACCCAGAAGACACCUCAGAAUUUGGGGCAUGGGAGGAGUUGGGAAGACGCAGAUUGUCCUCAGAUUUAGAGACUUGUACGGGUCGAGAUUUGAUCGUGUGUUUUGGAUUAACGCCGCCACGGAAGAUUCCAUCUUUGAGAGCUUCAGAUUGUUAACAGCUGAGAUUUUCGACGAAGAAGCUAGCAAGCCUAACAUCAAGAGAGUCCAGAAUUGGUUGGCGCAAAAUCAAACUGAAGAGUGGCUUCUAGUCUUCGACAACAACGACACAAUCGACGUGAGCCACCUUCUCCCCCCGGGAAACACUGGAAAUAUUCUUUUCACCAGCAGACGGAAAGACAUGUCACCCACUUUAGACGCCGACCAGACAUUCCCGGUCGACAUUAUGGACGCAGAGGAUGCAAUCACCCUAUUCCUUCGCGCCUCAAAAAGACAAAAGACAGGUUUCGGAGAUGAUGAAGACAGACACGCGAGAGCAAUCGUUCAUGAGCUUGGAUAUCUCCCGUUGGCCAUCGAUCAGGCCGGUUCCUAUAUUUACAACCAGGAGUGUUCAUUCGAAGACUAUUUCGUCGCUUUCCGGAAAGGCCGAAAAGAUAUUCUAGGAGACCCUAUGUACCCGGGAGUCUUUGAGCAUAAUCCCGCUGUAUAUGGUACAUUCGAGCUCUCGUAUGUGGCAUUGGAAAAGCUGUCACUGAAAAACAAUAGCCCAGGGCGGGCUGCCUUGAAUGCCCUUCGAAUUCUCAACAUCUUCUGCUUCUAUCAUAAUGAGAAGAUCACAAGUGCGAUUCUGGGGAGGGCAGCAAUUAGCAAAAGGAAGAAUCCCGAUCGCUUGCGUGGCGAAGGGGGCGACAAUGGCAUUGGGCCGCUUCCGCUGCUCAACACUACAGGAGAAGGCGAUUGGGAUCCAACCAAUUUCGAAAAUGGCAUCGCGACGCUGAGAAGCUAUUCCCUGAUCAAGAGGUCUGCUUUGGUCGGGUGGUGGUAUUCUAUGCAUGUUUUAGUGCACUCUUGGGCCAGAGACCGAAUGAAGCCCACUACUCUCGCCAUGCAACGCAGAGCAGCUGGGGAGAUACUCUAUCUUACGAUUCUGAGAAAUAAUAGCUUCGAUUCAGAGCUCUUUCGCCCCGAGGUGCUGCCGCAUAUGCAGGCAUGUUUCGAGCACGGGAACCUAGAGUUCAUGAAGUUGACAGGAGAAACUCACAGGGAAGGUGCCUUCUCAGGUGUGCUUAUGGCCCAGGGACUCUGGAACAAAGCUACAAAGGUCUUAGAGGAAAUCGUUUCCGCCAGCCAAGAGAUAUUCGAGCCUCAAGAGAUUGAUAGCAUAGCGGCCUCAUGGGAUCUGGCGAGGGCCUACCGAGAUUCCAGCAGGCUAAAAGAGUCUCAGGCUCUUUUCCAAGAUAUUCUACAAUUGCUUGCGGACCACCGUGAGUCUAAGGCCGCGUGCCGCCAUCAUCCUCGCAUUGGCAUCGACCUGGUCGAGGUGUAUAUUAUCCAAGCAAGAUACAAGGAGGCCAAAGAUUUGCUAGCUAUACUUCUAGAAUUAGGGGAGCAAGUCGGGCGAGACGGGGCCUGGUCCGGGGGCUGGUGGCGCAAAACUGUGAGAACGCUUGCAACCAUCUUCCGGAUGGAGGGUAAUGCUGAGAUGGCUUACCCUAUUGACCUUGAUUUCUUACGGUAUUGUGUGGAGAACAAGAUCCAUUCCCUUACAACGGCGAGCGCAUUGAGCAAUGUCGCCGCGUCGUGUUCAGCCUUGGGGGACCAUAUUGAAGCGGACCGGAUUUGGCGCGAUGUCCUUGCCAUGGAAGAGGGACGGGAAAAUAAGUCCAGGAUCUUGCCAGCAAAGCGAGAUGUCGCAACUGGGUACGCGAACCUGAAUCGGUUUGAAGAGGCAGAGAGAAUCUUGCGUGAGGUUCUUGAAGUGAGCGAGAACUUUCUUUGGAGGACGCAUCUCGAUACACUGGCAACGAUGGACCAGCUGGCGGGUGUGUUGGCUCGGUGUCACAAAACAGAGGAGGCUGUCCAGCUUUGGGAGGAAUGCCUAGAUGGUUGGGAGGAUAUUCUGCACAAGCAGCAUCCUCUCAAGCAGAGGACGAGGUGGGCGUUGGAAAAAAUAAGGAAUGGCGAUACCGGCCUCAUGCAAGAGGAUUUCCAGGCCGGUGGCAUUAUGUUUUCUGGAGGAUGCUAUUUCGUACCUAAGGAGGUGCCAAACCGGGAUCGUCGUUUGCUGACUUGGAUUCCAUCAUCAGAGGUUCUUGAGCCCCUCUUACCCCCCGAACUAGAGGAGGACGUCAAUGCGCGGAAUCCAACGAGAAGCGCCAAAGUGUAA